AAUUAAUUUUAUAAAAUAAACCUUUUUAAAGUCUUGAGUUCAUUACCCAAUCACCAGCAAAUCACUUGUUAUUUAUUAUUUUCCAAACUCAGAAACAAGAUUUUUAUUCAAUUUAAUGCAAUAUAACCUACCAUAAUUAACAACAAAAUCAACACGGGUCCAGAUGUGAUUUCUCAUUUCUCCCCUUUCGUUCUUCAAUUCGCUUCAAAAUCUCUACACACACACUUCUCAUCUUACCAUUUUUUUUUUGUUUUAUAAAAUUACAAAAGGGUUUUGUUUUGUUUUGUUUAAUUGUUUGAUCCUCUGGAUUUGUCAUUUCUUCAUCGGUUAUUGUAACCCCGGAUCAGAUUUCAAGACUGUUUUGUCUGUCUCUCGUUUUUCUUGAUCUGAGAUAGAUACAAGUCCUGUAUCUAUUUGUGUGUAUGAAAUUGGGCAAUUGUGAGUUAGAUGGCUCAAUUGUCUGAACCUCAAGGCUCUUCUAAUGCUGUUCAACCAAGGGGUUUUCGUCUUCAAGCUCCACUGGUGGAGUCGGUUUCUUGCUACUGCAGAGUUGACGCAGGUUUAAAAACAGUAGCUGGAGCCCGAAAAUUCGUCCCCGGGUCAAAACUAUGCAUCCAGCCGGAUAUCAACCCGCGUGCACACAAGUCGAAAAACGGGCGCAGGGAACGGACCAGGAUUCAACCGCCUCUCCUAGCUGGACUCCCAGACGACCUAGCUAUUGCGUGUUUAAUCCGGGUCCCACGAGCCGAGCAUAACAAGCUUCGCUUAGUAUGCAAACGAUGGUUCAGGCUUCUCUCUGGUAAUUACUUCUAUUCCCUUAGAAAGAGUCUUGGAAUGGCAGAAGAAUGGGUUUACGUUUUCAAAAGAGACCGUGAUGGAAGAAUUUCGUGGCAUGCUUUCGACCCGGUUUACCAACUCUGGCAACCGCUGCCACCUGUCCCGGUGGAAUACGGUUAUGCACUCGGGUUCGGGUGUGCGGUUUUGAGCGGGUGUCAUUUAUAUCUAUUUGGAGGUAAAGACCCGCUUAAGGGUUCUAUGAGACGGGUUAUUUUCUACAGUGCGAGAACGAAUAAAUGGCAUAGAGCUCCUGAUAUGCUUCGAAAAAGGCAUUUUUUCGGAGCGUGCGUGAUUAACAACUGUCUUUAUGUGGCGGGUGGCGAAUGUGAGGGGAUUCACCGGACCUUACGGUCAGCGGAAGUUUACGACCCGAAUAAACAUCGAUGGAACUUUAUAUCAGAUAUGAGCACGGCUAUGGUGCCGUUUAUAGGAGUCGUUCAUAACGGGAAGUGGUUCUUGAAAGGGCUCGGGGCCCACCGGGAGGUCCUAAGUGAAGCGUAUAGUCCAGAAACAAACACGUGGGGGUCAAUAACGAACGGGAUGAUUAGCGGUUGGAGAAACCCGAGUAUUUCUAUGAACGGGCAGCUUUAUGCGUUGGAUUGUCGUGAUGGAUGCAAGAUUAGGGUUUACGAUGAAGCAUCGAGUUCUUGGAAGAGAUUUAUUGAUAGUAAGGUUCAUUUAGGGAGUUCACGCGCGUUAGAGGCUGCGGCUCUUGUUUCGUUAAACGGGAAGCUGUGUAUUAUUAGGAAUAAUUUGAGUAUAAGUUUGGUUGACAUAUCGAGCCCAAACAAAGAAGUAGCUAGCAAUCCUCAGAUUUGGGAGAACAUUGCUGGAAAGGGUCAGAUCAAAACAUUGUUUACAAAUUUAUGGUCGAGUUUAUCGGGUCGAAACAGUCUCAAGAGCCACAUUGUGCACUGUCAAGUGCUUCAAGCGUGAUGAACCGUCAAUGUCGAUUGUUGAAGAAUCUGUGUUUCUGUACGUGGUGUGGCGAUUGAUUCAAUGGGUGCAAAUAAGAACACAAUGAGGGAGGAUUCAAGAGACGAGGGGCAUGAUGGCGAUUGGCAAAUUAAGAGGUGAGGUAGGUUUGUACAAAAAUUUAAUGUAAGAACUCAAUGGUGAGAAAGCAUGAAUCUUUAAACUCAUUCUGUGGCUGUUAUGCCCUGUUUUUGAGAUCUUUGUGGCUUGCGUAAUUGAAUUCUGUUUUGAUUACUAA